UCUCUCUUCAUAGUUAAGAAAAAAAAAAAGGGGGAGAGGGAUGCAAAUCAAAGGAAAUACAUUUAUUGUUACUGGAGGAGCAAGUGGUCUUGGUGAAGCUACUGUUCGAGAAUUAAUCAAGCGUGGUGCUAAAGUUGCUAUCUUUGAUUUAAACGAUGAAGGAGCUGAAGAAUUAGUCAAAUCAUUGGGCUCUAAUGCAUUCUGCCCAGGAAAAGUCGAUAUCACAUCUGAGGAAGCUGUUCGUGUUGCCUUGGAAAAGACUGUGAACAAGUGGGGAAAUAUAGCAGGUGUUUGCAACUGUGGCGGUGUUGCGACAGCUGCAAAGAUAGCUCGUAGAGGGAAAUCGUCACAUACAAUGACGUUGGAACUUUUUGAAUUUACGGUUCGUGUUAAUCUAAUAGGUACCUUUAAUGUCUGUAAACAAGUAGCACAAGUGAUGGCCAACCAAGAUACCUUGAAUGAUGAAGAUAAUGAACGAGGUAUUAUUAUCAACACAGCAUCAGUUGCCUUUCAGGAUGGUCAAACGGGUCAAGUUGCUUAUUCUGCUUCUAAGGGUGGUGUCUAUUCAAUGGGUUUGCCUAUGGCUCGUGAUCUUGCACCAGUGGGAAUCCGUGUUAUGACGAUUGCUCCUGGUAUAUUUGAGACAAACAUGACGGCUCUUAUGAAUGAAGCUGCAAAGGCUAAAAUUAUUAAAGAUGCCAUUUUCCCUGAGCGUAUGGGUCUUCCUCAUGAAUAUGCUAUACUCGUAUGCCAUAUAAUUGAAAAUGGUAUGCUAAAUGGUGAAGUUAUUCGUAUUGAUGGUGCUAGUCGUCUUGGAAAGUUAUAAGAAUAAAAAUAAAACUUAUUUGUUAUAAUAAAUUAAAAUUGGUAGUAUCCUAAUAGUGUCGAUUAUUAUAUUUAAUGAUAUACACACAUAUAUGCUAUUAUUAUUAUUAUUAUUAUAUAUACUAUAAAUCAUUAUUCAAUGACUCGAAUUUUUGCAUAUUCUUUAAGCUUUUCAGGUGAGUUUGUG